CCGCGUCUCUCAUCUGAAGGCGGCGCGGCGCAGUGGCGCACCCGCGCACCCAGCGGCGCAGCGGUCCGGUGCGCUCAGUGUGCCGCGGUGUGUUGGGUCAGUCGGAGGGAGAUGCGGAGCAGAGCGCAUCUCAGUCCGCUGCUCACCUGAACUUACUUCCCUUCCCGGUACUUCGGUGAUUACCUCCCACAUUCAGCAGAAUGUUCCACUGAGUGAGAGCAGCCCGGAGCCGCAGUAGGAGCGGAGGCAGGGGACAGGAUGCGGACUCGGUGGUCGGUCUCAUUGUAACAGAAAAAACUGCACGUGCUUUACCGGAGGUUUCUGGAUCCAAAUGUCAACGACAAGCUUUAUCGUUCUUAAAUCAGCAGUGUGUGACGUCAAAUGGAAAGGAAGCGAAGGAGAGGAUAUCCAAUGGUGACCCUCCGGUAUACUGUACAUGGCUCAGUCAGUGCUGAGUGCAGUGAAGAGCUCUACCUGGUGGUAAAGGAAAAAGACGUGAAAAAUGUGAAAAAUGAUUAACUUUACUUAUGUGUCCCAAAAUGGAGCGUGUGUGGUGAAAGAAUCACAGCGGAUUACUGGAGACCAUCUACAGCAUCAGGCUGGAUACAGUGGUGUUAUUAAACCAACAGCCAAAAUGUAAUGUAAUGACUAUUCUUUUGGAAUUUUCAAAUCCUAUUUUUCUAUUUUUUUCUCUGAUUUGGUUCCUGUAUUUUUUUGGAUCAGUUAGAAAUGGAGAUACAGUGGCGUUUAUGGAAUAAGGAUUGGGUCAUCUUCGUAAGACCAUGGAUACCUAUACUGUUAGGCCUUCACCUCCAGUACUCACGGGCCUCCAACUGUCCUGAAGAGUGCCGCUGUGAUCUCACCUUUAUUUACUGCAAUGAGCGAAGCCUGACCUCAGUGCCUCUGGGAAUUGGUGAGGGUUAUAAGACUCUCUACCUCCACAACAACCAAAUCAAUAAUGCUGGGUUUCCAGUGGAGCUCCACCAUGUUGCUUCUGUGGAAACUGUGUAUCUCUAUGGCAACCAGCUGGAUGAAUUUCCAGUUAAUCUGCCCAAAAAUGUGAGAGUUCUCCAUCUGCAAGAGAACAACAUUCAGAGCAUAUCCAGAACAGCUCUGGCUCAGCUUGUUUGGCUGGAGGAGCUGCAUUUGGAUGAUAACUCCAUUUCUACAGUUGGUGUGGAGGAAGGGGCCUUUCGUGAGGCAUUGAGGCUGAAGAUGCUCUUCCUUACCAAAAACCACCUCAGCGGUGUGCCUAUUGGUCUUCCAGAUGAUCUCAAAGAGCUGCGAUUGGAUGAGAACAGGAUUGCAGUUAUUGCAGAGGAGGCAUUUAGGAAUGUCACCCGGCUGGAGCGCCUGCUGUUGGAUGGAAACUUGUUGACUGAUGAAGGUAUCGCACCAGAGACCUUUCAGGAUCUGGUCACCCUGAGAGAGCUGUCCCUGGCCCGCAACUCGCUCACCUUCCCUCCCCUGUUCCUCCCAGGGGAGGUUCUCGUCAAAUUAAACUUUCAGGAAAAUCAGAUAAACAGGAUCCCUGCCAGGGCAUUCGCAGGGUUGCACAAGCUGGAAUGGCUGGAUAUUUCAAACAACCAGCUGCAGACAUUGACACAGGGGGUCUUUGAUGGCCUUGUCAGCCUCAGACAGCUCACUGUUCGGAACAACCUUUGGUUAUGUGACUGCAGAAUCAAAUGGGUGGUAUCAUGGCUUAAAUCUCUGCCUGCCUCACUCAAUGUGCGUGGCUUCAUGUGCUAUAAACCUGAAAAGUUCCGGGGUAUGGUGAUCAGGGAGCUGAGUGCUGAGCUGGUCCAGUGUCACAGCGCAAGGACAGCCCCCCUGUCCCCCUCACCCACUGAAUCUCCUCCUAUCCCAUCCCUUCCAUUUUCCACCGACUCCACUUUAGUCCCUCAUGUGUCCCCCUUCACCAGGCAAACCGUCCCCAAUUUACCUACACUCUACCCUGUCUACAAAACCAGAGAGAGAGGGUUGAGGACUAUGCAACCUCUUCAUCCCCAGAGGGAGACUGUGCAGGUCACAUUCACUGUAAUGAAUGGCUCAGCUAUCCAUGUCAGCUGGGUGGCCACUUUUCCUGUCACUGCCUACAAGGUGACCUGGGCCAGGAUGGGCCCCAGUCUGACAGGGGACAGCGUCAAGGAGAGGAUAGUUGGUGGGGAUCACCAAGGAAUCCGUCUGACUAAUCUUGAGCCAAAGUCCACCUAUCGGAUCUGUGUCAUUCCCUUGGAUGCAUUCAAUAAUUACCGGCCCAAAGAUGAUACUGUGUGCACUGAAACGAUGACCACACUGGCCUCGUUCAGCCCCAACAAUGACAAAAGACCGUCAGGGCCUGAGCAGGCCACACAACAAGAACCCAGCUCGCCUUUUCUGCUGCCUGGGCUGAUCGGUGGGACAGUAGUUGUGGUGCUAGUCAUUCUCCUCAGCAUUUUCUGCUGGCACAUGCACAAGAGGAGCCGCUCCAAGUCGUCCACGAAGUGGAAAUACAACCAAGGUCGAAGAAAAGAUGACUAUUGUGAGGCAGGCACCAAGAAAGAUAAUUCUAUCUUGGAAAUGACUGAGACCAGCUUCCAGAUAGUGUCACUCAACAAUGAGCAGCUCCUUAAGAGAGGGUUCUGCAUUCAGCCUAUUUACACACCUAAUGGGGGCAUUGAGUUCCGAGACCGCCCCCUGGGGAACAACAGCACUGUCUACUGAGAGAACAAUGUUCAACAUACAGACUUGUGUCGUACAUGAUGGUUUGGGAACCAUCAGGAGCAUUUUUACUGACUACAACCCAAACUAUAUUUGACACUGUACACUGUUAAUAUUAUUUAAAACCCCUGUGUCUUCAAGAAAUGUUAUUUACAAAACUGGCUUGAUAUAUCUUUUAUAUAAAAACAUUGGAUUUUUAAGUUUUUUGUUAAUAAAAGUUGUGUAGUUGGAGUUUAUUGCACAAAGUCGUUGGAUACAGUGGUUUCACACUGUAGCUACAGGAGCAAUGAAACCAGCUAGUCAAAUUCUCUCUGAGAGGAAAAAAGAGACAAUUCAGCUACAAUCACGAGUGGGCACAUUUCAUUGAACCAUACAGUCCACCACUUCUUCUGUUUUUAAUCUACAGUUUUUUUAACUACACCUACACUAAAUAGAGAUGCAGAUUGUUGGAUUUCUGCUCUGGGAAGGUGAUUGUUUUACGCAACUCCAAAUUGUAUCCGUUUAAAAAGGACAUGUAAAGGUCACACUCAUUAAACAUUCAGAGAAAGUGACAGACUGCUGAGCAGCAAAAUAGCACAGCUGUCAUCUUUUGUGUGUAAACCCCAUUAAAUACUCUCUUUUGUUCAUUAAAAAUAAUAUUAUAGUAUAUAUAUAUACAGUAUAUAUAUAUUGACAUUCAAUAUCUGUGUGCCUUUAACAGCUUAUGAGUCCAAGUUUUUGCACAAAGUUUGUACUGUACACACAUUUAUACACAUUCAUUUGAAUUGUUAUUGGGGAAAUAUCUUGCUCUUGAUUUCUAUUUUCCUCUUUUAAUUAAAAACAUAUGUACAAAUGUAAACUUCUUUCUUGUGAUCUCUCCCCAAAUGAGCUUAUCAAACUAAAUGUUGUUAAAAUGUUCAUGUAGCAAAGGCCUGUUUGAAGUGCAUGUAGCAAAGGCCUGUUUGGAGUGCAAAGGGUGCUGUGAGGAAGACUUGUACUGGCUCUAAAAUCACUUCAUGUGUGGAAACAGCCUCACCUCUAGCACUGUACAGCUGAGGCUAUGGAUUUAGAACCACUUCAAUCAGAUUGUGCCUGGGUGAGAAUUCAAAAGUGAAACAUAAUGGAAGGCUGAAAGCUGUGGCUUUAAAUCUUUCAAUGCUUUGAACAUUCUAAUGAACUCUAUUAAGUUGUAGGGUUAAGAAUCAUGCACAUUUUAAUUGAAUGGCCAAGGUAUAAUGGUUUGAUUGGCCAUUUGCAAUAUUUUCAUUUUUGUACAGAAACAACUGAGGAACAAAUGUUGUGAUAACCUUCAAUCAAAUUUGUUAAGUAACACAAGCAGCCACCCGAUACCAGAUGUUUAACUGAGAUUAUUUGUUCAAAUUGGGAUUUUUGCUGUUGUUUUCUGUGUUGGACAGUAGCCAGUUAGCCAUGAUGCUAGUUAACGCUAGGGGCUAGAAAACUAAGGAGAAUGACGCUUCAAUGAACAUACUCCUUCUUACUUGCUGCAAACAGCCACUGCUGUAUACUAUAAUAAUAUGGGAAUUUCAGGAGCCGUGGAAAGUUUUUGCUUGUGGGAUUGUCAAUUGGUGACAGCACAAGGGGGUCUGACAUCAAACUGGUGGUUAGAAGUCCUUGUGAUGUUGAUCUGUGCUCUGUGAUGACGACCUCCAAAUAGCCAAAAAGUGGGCCCACACCGAAAAUGAUCAAAAUAUGGACUCAAAAAAAUGGAACUAAAUACAUAAUUAAGUGUAGAAAUACAUAAAUAACCAUUUUCAUCACCCAACAAUGACUUUAUUUAUCUAUCUAUCUAUAUAAAUAUACAUAUAUUGGCAUUUAAUUAUAUUUUAUUGAUUUGUUUAUUUAUGUUUUUGUAUUUUUUUACUUCUGGCAGUUUCGGUCUUUGAUAGCUCUGGAGUCACACAUACCUGCAGAAUGAUGCAGUCAGUGUAGUAACUUAACGUAACAGUCAUUUUCCCAAAGGGAGCGAUUCAGCCUGUAUAAAUUGUGAAGCGUUUUGAACCAACAGUAAUAAUGGUGAACUAAGUCAAGUGUCUUUCCCUCUUUAAAUCACGGUGGAUGGAGAAAAUAGCCUCCGAUUCCCAGGAAUGUUUGUCUUCCAUUUCUUCUGGUCAUUACUGUGGUCAGCUUGCAUUAAAUUGCAUUAGAGGGCGACUAACUGCUUCUAUUACCCCUUACACACACACACACACAUACACACACACACACACACACAGGAGUAUUGAUCUCUAGAGCUCCAAUGGAUUAUGAAAAAUGGCUACCGGCCUUAAUGACACUUCACCUGAAAUAGACUGCCUUUCUCCACUAAUAGGAAACUGAAAAUGCCUGCACAGGGAAAUCAGUGGUAAAAUGUUGCCCCAGUCUGUCCCUGUAUCUUCUUGCAUUGAUUAGCUGCUGAGACAGAGCAUAAAGGAAUAAUUUAUACUUGAAAUGAUGAAUGGAUUCUGGAGUGAGGGAUCAUUUAGAGGUGUUACGGGCACACAGGCAAGUCUUUAAAUCAAACUUAAAGGAAAUUUUUGUAUCGUGGAUAAUCUUUCAUUUGUACAGCAAAUGUCUGUCCCAUGAAUUUCACCAGCACGGCGAGAGUGAGUCAUCAAAACAUCUGCUUUGUUCAGUACAUAUAUUCUAAAAAGUAUUUAAGUGCUCUGUGGAAUAUAAAGUGCUCUGUGCAAUAUAACAUUUUUUUGAAAUGGCUGUAGAGUGCUUUGUGAGAUGCAGUGUAAACAAGAGAGUACAACCGACACUGUUUGUGUGUUGUUCAUGACUCACGUCAUUUUCACUGUAAUAUUAGUGGCUGUGGGGCAGCGCAUUGACUAUGUGUAAAAAUGGACAUAGUCAUGGAAAAAAAAGCCAAAGCGGAACUGCCCGAAGCAGGUUUUCUCUGGACUCCAGUGUUAAUCUUGGCAGC